AAAUCCUGAAGACAGAUAAAACAAGUAAACAACGAUUGUGACCAGAAGAAGAACUCAGAGGAUCUAGGGCUUCACAUCUCUCUCUCUAUCCCCAUUUCGUCGACUGAUUUUGUUCCCUCCCUGUCUCUCUGGAUUUUCCAAACUCAUCUUCUCUUCUUCGCUUCCGAUACUCAAAAGAAAAAGUUUUAGGGUUAACGAUGAUGAUUGGUUCAAUUUAAUUAAUUUAUAAUUUUUAAAGGGUAAUUGGACCUUUCCGAAUCGAAUAAAAAAGAAGAAAUCUUUUUAUAGAUUUGAAAAGAAGUGUAAGUAAACUAUGAGGGCAUUGCAAAAAUCCAAAAGGGUAUCUUGGCCACCAGAUUUUAAACUUUGUCAGGUACGGCUCUUCACAUCAGAGGAUUCACCUUCACAAGUUGGAUCAGAAUCUCAAGAUCACUUUCAAGCCAAGUCCUGGGAGGCUUCACAUCCGAGUGAUGAGGAUAAUCUGCCCCCUGGUUUCGGUGGACUGUUUUCUCCAAAUGAGUCACUGAUUAAUUUAUCAGACAUCCCAAUAAUUAAGUGGCAAUGCUCUGUCCGGAUUCUGCUGGAUGAGGAAUGGAGCGUGGUUGCAGGGGACGAAAGCAAAGAAGUGGAGGCGCAAAAUCAGAGGGAACUGAGAGUUCUUGAAGCAUUCUAUCCUGCCGCAUCAUCUAUUCCUCCAAACCCUUCUGUUGCAGCUGAUGUUGACAACUCAGAUUAUGAUGAUCAGCAAACCGUUGUCAUACCCUUUCUAGUUGUAGAAGAUGACGACGUGGUGAUGGAUACAGCACCCAUACUCCCAACCCAAUCUGGCGUGGAUGUGGGAACAGUGCAAUCUGUAAGGGAUGAGAACACAUCGACUUCUUCAACACUCCCCCCUGCAACGUCAGAAAUAAUGGCUGCAUUAGCUGCACUCUCGAAUAUCAAAGAACAAGGGAGCAGCAGCAUGAUAGACCCUGAUCUGCUUAUGAAAUUCCUAAGCAACCCUAAGAUGAUGGAGAGUCUUGUUGCAAAUUGUGGUAGUGCAGGUUCAGUCUCCUCCUCCAGCGCAACACAUGAAGCCAAUGGAGUGGUUACUACCACAGCACCUGUCUCUUCAAAUGGACAAUAUAAUCCUCAGCCAGCGGUAUCCCAUAUUCCUCCUCCCAUGGUCUAUCCUCCUACUCCAGCACCUUCAGACCAGUCCAACUAUGGUGCACCACCACCACUAGCAGCGAGAGAUGCUAGUUACUACAAGAGCCUGAUUCAGAAACAUGGCGGGGAAAGACAAGAGGCGCUGCCAGCUCAGCAACAUCUCGGUGGUUAUCGUCACAGCCUCCAACCUGGAAGAGGAGAACCUAACCCUGAAAUGGUAAAUAAUAACAAUAAUAAUAAUAAUCAGAGGCCAAGGGAUUCAAAACCCAAGAUAAUGAGGCCGUGCAUGUUCUUCAACACCCCGAGGGGUUGUCGCAAUGGAGCUAGCUGUUUAUUCCAGCAUGAUGCUACUACUACAGCUUACCAGCCGAGGAAUAUAAACAAUAGGAAUAUCAACAACAAUCCUGAGAUGCAAUUUGCUAAAAGAAUGAGAUUUGAUAGGGUCUGAAGCUAGAAUUAGCAAACCAACCAUUAUCCUUUUUUUGCCUCCUUCUUGUUGUUAGCAGCAAAGCAAUUUUCUUCUUUCCUCUCUUGCCUAGCUUUGCUUCUAUAUAAAGUUUCAAUUACUUCUGAAAUUUAUUUCUUGUUUUGUCAAAAAAUAUAGAAUUAUUCGGCUGAGUAUUCUUUCUUGA